GUAAUGAUGGAGAGAAUGUUGGUAAAGUUUUUGGUAGCCGCGCUGUGUGUAGGAGUGGCCAGCUGUCGGAGGACCGGUGGGAGGAGUAAUGGGACUCAGGAUCAUGAAGAUGGAGAGAGAUCCCAGAUAUGUCACUACAGCGACCCCAAUGUAGAGGAAUGCAUCAAGCGCACGGCGGAGCAGGCACGACACCUCCUGGCUGCAGGAGUACCCUCCCUCAACAUACAGCCACUGGAGCCUCUUAAGAUACCCAGCAUCAGGUUGAGACAGCACAACGCGCCCCAUAACGGCUUCAAGUACGAUGCUUGGCUCUCCGACGUUAAACUCAGCGGUUUGACGAAUUUUACCUUCAAUAAGUUAGAUGUAUACCCUGAAGAGUUGAAGGUGACGGCCAACAUCAGCCUGCCACACCUGGUGAUGACCGGCGAGUACGUGGUGCUGGGACACUUCCAGAUGUUGCCUGUAGAGUCUACAGGACAGAUGUCAGCUAACUUCUCGUCGUGCACAGCGGGUCUGGUAGCGCUUGGCGCGCGCGUUCACAAGAGGAUGGUGAUCCGGGACGCGACGGUGAGGCUGCAGUGCUCGGGGCAGACGCGGGCUGACCUCAUGGACGCGCACUCCACCACACAUGACAUGGAAAUGAUCACAGACCACAUAGCGGGCAUGCACGCGGCAGACAUCGCGCGGGAGGUGCAACCGGCCGUGGAGACCUCCCUGGCCAUGGUGCUGGAGGACGUCGCCAACAAGUUCCUCAGGAACGUACCUGCUGACAUGGUCUUCCCUAACUAAUUAUUACCUAAUAGCUUGUGAGAGGAAGAAGAGAAGAAAGGUGAGAAAGAGUUAGAGAGAAAAGUAGAGGGCCGCACGGUGUACGCUCUACGAUGACGCGACAAAUAUCCUGGCCAGAUAGAUAUAAAUGUAAA